GCGGCGGGAAAAUCUGACUGCGUCGGCGGUCGGCUUCCUUACGCACUCGCGGGCCCGCCUAGGUCCUCUCUGUGAUGGAGGAGGAGGAGGAGGGAGCCGAGGAGCAGCAGCGAUUCUCUUAUCAACAGAGGCUGAAGGCCGCCGUCCACUACACCGUGGGCUGUCUCUGCGCAGAGGCCGCCGCGGACACGCAAGUGCAGCUCAGCAGGCAGACCAUCGCGGCCAUCGCGGAGGUGACCUUCCGGCAGUGCGAAAAUUUUGCCAAAGACCUUGAGAUGUUUGCCAGGCACGCAAGACGAAGCACGAUUAACACGGAAGACGUGAAGCUCUUAGCCAGGAGGAGUAAUUCACUGCUAAAAUACAUCACAGAGAAAAAUGAAGAGAUUGCUCAGCUUAACACAGAACGGAAAACAAAGAAGAAAAAGAAGUUAGAGGCUGAAAAUAAAAACUUGGCGGAGCCCGCAGAGGCUGGCGGAGUGGAGAGUGAGAACUAAACUCUGUCACCGUUUGGGAAAAGCAGCCCUCAGCAGGCAGAGCCACCAAAACACGUAUUGCCACCCAGGGAAUGUUGAAGGAAUAAGUGGAGAUUAAAAAAAAAAAAAGGUGCAGAAGCUUUUUGCCCCAUGUUCUCCAUGCCAUCGGCUGCAGGAGCCAGUGCGCACGAGAACUGGAAACUCUUCAGCAAAAUGCCCCUGUCCCAUGUCUUACUGAAACUCUUAAGAAAGGUGUGUGUGUGACUACAUGUUGGAAAUUAUAUCGAUUGCGAUGAAUAAAACCGU